AAAUAAUCUCUGCAAGGAUAUCCUCGGAGACUAUACCUCCCAGCUAACCCUCAAGGGGUCUCUUCCGACAAUGCAAACUAUCGGAUUUUCUGCGGUAUAUUAACCUCAUCAUACCCUUCCGACGUGACCUAUCAUCGCUGCAGAAAUCCCUGUGAGGGGAAGACCAAUAUGGCCAAACGUUCUCGAAGCUCGCAGUCACCUUCUGCUGACCCAUCUGAAGAGAUUCGACAAUCAAGACCCUCUUCUCCGGAAUCUCUCACAUCCUCUACACAAUCAGGACGCACCAAGAUCCAUCUCCUAACCCCCUCUAGCAACGCUACAGUGAUGCGUUGUUCUUUACCCCCUCAUCGAGAAACUCUCUCUUUCUCCUCCUACGAGGAUUACGAGGUGCAUUACCUGCAAUCGCAUGUCAACCGGUGCUCUGAAUGUGGGAAGAAUUUCCCCACGGACAGGUUUCUGAAUUUGCAUAUUGAAGAGAACCAUGAUCCGUUGGUCGCUUCGAGGAGGGAACGGGGGGAGAAAACUUACGGAUGUUUCAUUGAAGAUUGCGAACGGAAGUGCUCUACGCCCCAGAAACGCAGAAUGCAUUUAAUAGACAAACACAUGUUUCCCAAGACCUACAACUUCUACAUAGUAAACGACGGCGUUGACAAACAAACAUCCAUGCUCCGAUCAAUGCACACCCAUCGACGCCGACUAUCAGCUACGCCGUCCUCACCCCAAGAAGGCCGAUUACGACACAGACAGACCUCGAUUUCGCUUCCUGUGCCAGCCCCGGAGCCCGGGCUCCAUGAUGCAGAGAUUGCGGAGCUGGAGAAAUCCAUGUCUGCUUUGCGGUUUGUUCCGGCGAGUGUGACGAACCGCGGGAGAAUCGGGAAUAGAUCUUGACUCUUGAAUGAGGGGGAAUGACUACCUACUCUGAAGGUAUAUAUAAUGAUGAGAUGAGAUGAGAUGAGCUAUUUUAGAUAAUAGAUUAUGAUGAUGAUGAUGAUGAUUGACUACUCCUGAAUCAUUUGGAUGACUUUUUUUUC